GCAAGAAGAUAGCAUGAGAUAAAACGCAGUAGCCAGUGGCUGUUUUCGUGAAGAAAUUCCAGUUAGUAGACUUUGAUUUUUGUGUUAGGAGAGAUCAGAUAAUAGCGGUAACAAGUUGAAUAUUUUGAUUCUGAAUAGGAUUUUCCACUCUGUUCAUUGUAAGUUUAUGUGCCAGGAUUUAUUGAUUUAUAUAUAAACUCGGGGCAAAAUGGUGCUUACAUUCUUCGAUGGAGCGGGUGUCGGAUUUGGUUUCGGUGUUGGCUGCGGCUUUGGCGUCGGUUGGGGCUUCGGAGGUACACCUUUGAGCAUCUUGGGUCUUGGUGUUGGGGGAGGCUGUGGGGUUGGACUCGGCCUUGGGUGGGGCUUCGGCACUGCAUUUGGGAGUCAGUAUCGCUCAUCUAGGGUCACAUUCCAAGGUGUAGAGUUUGGCAGGAAAGAGCAUGAUGAUGGUGGAAAGAUGAGGGGUCUGCAAAAGAAUACACAGGAAGUGGCUCAACACAAAUCCAAGAAGGAUUGCUGGUUUGUCAUCAACGGAAGAGUAUUGGAUGUGACCAAAUUCUUGGAGGAACACCCAGGAGGAGAAGAGGUUUUGUUGGAGUCAGCAGGGAAAGACGCCACAAAAGACUUCGAGGAUAUUGGCCACAGUAAAGCUGCAAAACACUUGCUUCUCAAGUACCAAGUCGGAGUUCUCCAAGGUUACAAGAUCCAGGAUGUUGAUGACAAGGAUGAUGCUUCUUUCAAGGAAACCAAAAACAAAGAAAUGAGCGCUUUUGUUAUCAAAGAUGAUGCCUCCCCAAAGUUCGCUGCUUUUCUCGAGUUCUUUGUCCCUCUCCUCGUGGCCGGCUCCUACUUCGGUUACAGAUGCCUAACCAAUGUUUAUUAGAUUUUUAACAGUUUCCACUUUCUGAUUGUGCACCAGUUUCUACAAUGUGUCCUGUUUUUCAUGCUUCAUUUCAGUAUUGUUACGGACCAGAAUCUUUUAAGUACAUUGUUUAAUGUCAUGUUUACAAUGCAAAACUUUAAUAAUGUUCAAUAAAGAAUCCAUUUUGCAUCUCA